AUGGCACAUCCUCCAAGCAGAGAUCCCAAGCUCGGCGCCCCGAAGCUCGACCAGCCCCAACUGCAGGCCGGCGGAGGGAGUGCGGCAGACACAGGCAAGGCCAGAAUCGUCGAGUCCAUCUCGCCGCUCAUCUCGCAAUACCUAAAGACUAUCUAUGGGGAGGUGGAGAAGAAGUACAAACUGGAGACAAAGGAAGGACUCGCCACAUGGCUUGCGGAGGAGCAACAAGCUUCAGCAACGGACGCUGAGUUGUUGAAGGAUGGCUCUUUCUCUCAUUUCGCGAGCUACUUCAUGUCCGGAUCGGCCAAUGUGAUGAAACCUGCAGAGCCCGUGGACGAGUCGUAUCCGAUAUCCAAUUACUUCAUCUCCUCGAGCCACAACACUUACUUGACUGGAAAUCAACUGUCGAGCGAGUCGAGUGUGGACGCCUACAAGAACGUACUCCUCAGAGGAUGCCGCUGUGUGGAAAUCGACGUCUGGGACGGAGAGCCACCAUCGAGCUCGAGUUCCUCAGAUGAGGCUGCCAAUCCAGGCGCGCCCAAGGCCAAGAAAGAGAAGCCAGAAAUGAGUAUCCGCAAGCGCCUCGAACUCCGAUUUGGAAGGAAAGGAGCGCCUUCCAAGGAGGAGCCAAAGGAGGCCUCGCCAUCCCCUCCCAGUGCCGGCGAAGAGAGUAUUGAACCAUGGCAUUCUAACAUAUCUACCCGAGCCGAGCCGAGGGUCCUUCAUGGCUACACCUUGACGAAAGACACGUCCUUCAGGGCAGUUUGCAAGACCAUUCGAGAAUAUGCUUUCUUCUCCUCAAACCUCCCUCUCAUCGUGAGUUUGGAAGUGCACACGAGUCCCGAACAGCAGGAUAUCAUGGUCGAGAUCAUGACAGAGUAUUGGAGAGGCAUGCUGUUAGAUUUGCCACUCGAUCCCUCCCAGCCGUCGGAAAAUCGGCAAUUGCCUACUUUGAAGGAGCUAGAGAAGAAGAUUCUCGUUAAAGUCAAACGGGCGACCCACAAGUCCAAACCCGCCGAGGGCGAUGCCAAGCCGACGACACUCCAAGCACCUGCGCAGCUCACCAAGUCUACUAGCCAUGAGUCCAUGGCAUCAAAUGCAUCGACUACUUCCUCAUCGGAUGUGCCUGACAAGCCGCCAGCGCCGAAGCCCAAGAUCGUCGACGCUUUGUCAAGGCUUGGAGUGUACUUUGGGGGCUACCACUACAAAGGGUUCGAUUCUCCUGAGGCAAGCAUCCCGACACACGUGUACUCCAUGUCCGAGAAGACAUUGAUGGAAGUUCACGAAUCUCAACCGGCUGCUUUGUUCAAACAUAACAAGAAUUUCUUCGUGCGAGCAUAUCCAAAGGGGCUCAGAUUGAACUCUUCAAAUCUCAAUCCAUCGGUUUUCUGGCGGCAAGGCGUCCAAAUCGUAGCCCUCAAUUGGCAACGCUGGGACGGCGGCAUGAUGCAGAACGAGGCCAUGUUUGCAGGCACAGCCGGGUGGGUGCUAAAGCCCGAGGGCUAUCGAAGCACGAGUUCAGGAACUACGCAGAAGGACGCGGUGCCGCACCACAAUCUCGACCUCAGCAUCGAGUUCCUUGCCGGCCAGGAUAUCCCCUUGCCGCCUGAAGAAGACGACGCGAAGGACUUCAAGCCAUACGUCAAGGUCGAACUGCAUGUCGAGAAGCCAGAAGAACGCACGGCCGAGCCAGUGCCAGGAGGCGGCAAAGGUAGCAAGGCCGACUUCAAGAAGAAGACGAAAACGCACAAGACGCCUAAUCCUGACUUCGGCCGAGAGAUCAUCAAAUUUGAAGGCAUAAAGGGGGUCACCGAAGAGCUGACCUUCGUCAGGUAA